AUGUGCCUUUCACACAUCAUGGGUGAUCACAAGCUAGUAUAUUCAGAUCACUAUGAUGUCCAGCAGGCUGAUGUUCUUGAGACCCACCUACUGAUCAUCACCCUUUCCCCCCUGCUUCCAAGCACCCAAUACAUGCACAAGGAUGUCUGGUAUUGGCAUGGCAUCUCCAUCAAAUUUGUAAUCAGGCGACCUGUUUCUGUGAACACCUUGGGGGAUCAGAUCUGCAUCUGGGAUGGGUGCAAACAUCUCCAUGGCUCUGCACCUGAACAGCAUAUCCUGUGCUGGUGUCCACAGUGUGCCCAGUGGUUCCACCUUGACUGCCUGGGUCUCAUUGACAUGUAUGGGGUUGAGGUCUCCAAGCUGAUUGGCCUUCCAAUCGAGAGAAACCAUGCUGCCUCUGCUCCACUCUGGAGCAGCAAGGCCCUUCUUGGAUUUUCUCAGGAGAGGUUUCUCUCGUCAUUGAACCUGUUUUCCAAGAUGAACUGGAAGAAAGAACUGUUUGCUGAUGCACUCAGGCAGGGAGAAACAGACAGUGGCAUCAGCAAGGACAAGGUUAAGGAUGCUAUGCAGAUGUUUCUGUGA